CUUGCCUCCUCCCGUCUUCACGAAUCUAUAGACGCGCGCCGCGCUACCCGCCUCCUGCUUCGUUCCUGAUAGAAACGCCGUCUCGAUAUAGAUAUCCCUUCGUCUAUAAGAAGACUCAGCCUUUAUCACUCAGAGCUCUCACGAAUCGCUUCCGCCCGUCGCCACAGCGCUUUUCGGCACACGACCAUCUAUAGAGCCUCCCUUUGUCUCCUUCACUGGCUCUCAUCACACCCUACAUGUCUACUCAAGUCGAAAGGUCUCACACACGGUCAAUGCAGAGCACGCGUCCUCACGGAGCGCAGCGCACCCGCACCAUAUCCAUGGCUUCAAUGGCCUCCUUCGCAUCCUCGUCGUCAGGCAUGGGCGCUCCAAGACUGAGCAUCGAAAUACCAAAGGCCCCGCCGUCGCUUAACACUCCGCCGUCGCACGCCCAUGGCGCCUUCACACCCACCCAUUCCGCAAGCGACGCUCUGCGCUAUCUGCACGCGUCCUCCCGGCGCAGUUUCUGGCGCAAGCGGCGGCCCAUCCCUGACUGCUUUGACGACAGCGGGUACACCUCGUCCCCCGCCCUGCCGUCUAUAAGCCGUACCUCCUCCUGCACCGACGGCUCGCACUCGCCCGCCAGCUCGACGACAACGCUCCUUGAUGAGACCAUCGUCACCUCCCCCGACGGGUGCCACGCCAAGAGCAUCGAGGCCCACGUCGGUGGCAAGCAUCACCAGACCCGGAGCGCGGCCCCGCCCAGCCGCGUCGCCGGGCUGCGCAACGGGCCCCCGCACCCCACGUCGCGCCAGAGGGCCGACAGCGAUUUGAAUCCCGUGCUUGCGCGCCUCGAGCGCGACUCACGUAUCUGCGCGGGUGUCAGCUGCGCGACGUGCGGUCGUUCCGGGCAGGGCUUCCCCAAAUGCCCGCGCUGCAGCCAGCAGUGGUGCUCGCGCGAGUGCAGGAUGCCCGGCGGAAAACGGCACGCGUGCCGCACCGCUGCUUGAGGGUGCAUCUGCACCUGCAUACCUUAUCCGAUUCCGUCCGUCUCGAUCAAUGUAUUGUACUGCUAUCGCGCGCUCUUCCAUUCUCCUAUACGUGACCAGUGAUCUUCUUCGACUUACUUCUCUUCUCCUCUACCCCUGGCUGCUUUUUCCUACUUCCUUUUACCUUUCUUCUCUACCACCUGCUAUCCCCGGCUCUUGCGACAGACUAUGUGACCGCUGUACUACUGUCUCGGAUUUCUUUUUACCUGCUACCUUCGGUAUAUCCACUAGUAGACUGCCUUCUGGAACGAUUUUUGUAUUAAUCCUGGUCUUUGUCUCUUGGGUUUCGAGUCGUGAAAGGCACGAAUACGAAUGUUUCUGUAGUUCUCCGACAAUGCAAAUGGUGCUUGGGUUG